AUGUCCUCCUCGUCCGCCCCGCCGAAGGCGGUCGUAGACUUUGUGGCGGCGCACUCCGACGCGGAGGUCCUCGACAGCGGCAAGGUGCGCUGCUCCACCACGGGGCACGAGUGCCUCCCACAGCUGGACGUGCUGCGGGCGCACUGGGAGGGCAAGACCUACCGGAAGAAGGCGGCGCUGGUCGCGUACGACUUCGAGCAGCACGCGCCUCACCUGGUGCCGCACAAGCAGAGCAAGCACCUCCUCUACUGCACCGUGACGCGCCAGCCGGUCUCGCGCCAGCCGUCUGCGGUCGAGGGCCACGUCAACGGCAAGCGCUUCAAGCGGAUGCUGGCCGAGCGCGAGGCGGCGCAGGCCAAGCGCAGUCGCAAGCGGGCCAACAAAGGCAAGCCCAGCAAGCAGGCGCCCGGCAAGGAUGCACCUGGCAAGGAUGCCCUCCCCUUCCCUCGCGGCGCGGGCAAGGUUGCGACCGGAAGCAGCCGCCCCGGCGGCGGAGUGCACGGCCAGGCUGGGGCGGGCGCGGCGCGCAAGGCGGCGAGGCGACAGGCGUACCUCACCAACAUGUCCGGGCGCGGAGGAGGGGGUCGCCGCGCAGGGAGGGGCGCACACGAGCGAGGCAAGCGCUAA